AUGUGGUUCAUUGGAUGGCCCCUGGGGCUCCUCCUCUCGGCGAUCUCGAGCAUCUUUGGCAUCACGGGAAAGCUGCUGCUCAAGCUCGCGCACAACGAACGCGAUCGCGAAGAAGAAGAGCUCCUGCACAAACUCGAGCAGCCGCUCCAUUACCACAACGAAGAAGCAAAAGCAAACGACGAAACAGCACAAGACCAUUUGCCGCAGUUUGCGAACGCCCGUCCCGUUGUUGCCACAACAAAUCGAGGCUGUGUGUACUUUUACUGCGGUCUCCUGUCCAUGAUCGUGCUAAAUCCUGCGCUCGGCGCGCUCGCGUACUGCUUUGCGACGCAGUCGCUGCUGGCGCCCAUGGCCGGUCUCACUAUUGGCUGGAACACGCUCCUGGGACCGAUCCUGCUGCCGCACGAGCGACUCACGACGAACGACUUUGUCGGGGCCGUGCUGAUCUUCACGGGCUGUGUCCUCGUGAGUGUCUCGGGCACGCACGCGAGCCCACCGCUGCCCGUGGAGCAACUGGCAGCGCGCUUCGCGGCACCGCCGUUUAUCCUGUAUGCACUCGUGUUGCUCGCCGUGCUGAGCUUCUUGAUCCAUUAUGCAAAGCACGCGCUGCAUUUCACCACAACGACGCGGCGCGCAGGCGUCAAAAGUUCCCCCGUGUCGAGCCCGGAGCAACUGCCCCUGAUGGCCCGCGUGUCGCUGAGUGUCUUUGCCGGUGUCAUGAGUGGACAAUUGUUCUUCCUGGCUGCGGUGAUGCGCAUUGUGCACGACGAUGGCGCGAGGAGUCGCAUCUGGUGCUUCCCCGCGACGUAUAUCUGCAUCUCUGGGGCAGUCGGAACAGCUCUGUUUGGAUUGUACCUCUUGAACGAAGCCCUUGCCGUGGAAGACGCAGUUGUGGUCAUUUAUUUGUACGAGGCGAGCUACAUCAUGGCGGGCGCAAUCUCCGGGCUGUGUUUCUUUCGCGAUAUGGAGCACCUGCCGGCAUGGCACUAUGUGCUCUAUUCCCUCAGUCUCGUGCUGAUCCUCUUGGGCAUCUACAUUGUUGCCAAACGGUCGUUGCCACAUGCGCCGGAGGACGAAGAGUUCUUGCUACCGCUCUUGGCGCCUCCGUCAGCGGAAGACGCGUCCAUUGAGCGGAUCUUCCAACAAGCUUCUUACUACGCCCGUCGGGCAUCGUAUUCUGGUCCGGGGAUGCUGCGCGCCAUCCGAAGUACCCGUCAUGAUAUGGGGGCACCUGAGCGCCGCAGGUCCAUGUCGACCAAGUAA